CACUCCUACCUUGCUGGCUUCUACUACUCUCUCUGGUCUCUGCCUCAUAUUAGCUCCCGAUUACCAAAUCGUCGCUGCUUGUAUCAAACCGUCCCUAGUGCAGUUGUGCUGCUCUGCAGUCUGCAGGGCAGCAGAGGGUUGACGCUCCUGAGCCAAGACGACAACAGCGCCAUACUGCCCAUGCUUUCAUGGAGGUAAGCAUUGUACUCCCUAUGCUGUCUUUUUUGGGACGGAGGGAGUAGUAAUAACUCUGUGUCCUUGACCGGACGAGAUAUAGUUGCUGUGCUGGAAAAGGCUCCAGAAGAGAAAUCAUUUGACCGUACACGCACACAUGAAGAAGGCAGGUAGUAGAGGAUUUAUAGCUUUGGCUGCCGUAGUUGGCUCGCUGCUGCUGCUGCUGCUGCUGCCCCCGCCGUUCGCUGGCGCGGCACCAGUUCCUGCGGCCGCCAUCAGGCCUGAUGGGCCUGGGACAGGGAGUAACUGCACCAGGAGCUGCGGCGACAUUGACAUCCCGUACCCAUUCGGCGUCGAGCCUGGGUGCUACCACGCCGCCUGGUUCAACCUCACUUGCGACAGCUCCUACUAGCCGCCGCAGCUGUUCCUCGGCGACGGCACCGUGCAGGUGCUGGAGAUCUCCGUCCCCGACGGCACGGUGCGCAUCAACAGCAGCCAGUUGAUGUACACGGUCGAUGUGGGUAUCAGCACCGCGAGCGGGCCAUGGGGCGGGGGCCUUCCACGGGGCGGGCCGUUCUUCCUGUCGGAGUCACGGAGCAGCGUGGCGCUGGUAGGCUGCGGCGCCCAGGUCGAGCUCCGAGGCGGAGACGACAACAGUUUGAUCGCUUCUUGCGCCGCUGUCUGCCCGCUCGAUACCGACCGGCGGAUAGUCGUCGAGAAAAGAAGCAGCGCCUGCACAGGCGUCGGCUGCUGCCAGGCGGACAUCGUUCUGGGCUACGAUUUCUACGACAUCCAGAUCAACAAGCUCAACGGGUCAGUUUAUGCUCUUGCAAGUUCCGUGUACUUGGUUGAUCAGGGUUUUAGCUACACAGACGAGAUGAGUGGCGUUGUUUAUGGCCACUUUCCUGAAGCGCUCCCGGCCACGCUAGAUUGGGUAAUCAGCAAUGCAGGAUGUGGUUCUGUAUAUAGAAACGACACCACCGUCGAUGAAUGCCGCAGCACCGACAGUUUCUGCCUAGAAGCACAGUACAAUAUUGGCAGUCGUGGGCGUCGGUGCAGCUGCGAUGAUGGUUAUCAAGGCAAUCCUUACGUCCAGGAUGGAUGCCGAGAUAUCGACGAAUGCCGUUUUCCAGACAUAUACCCAUGUUAUGGCCACUGCGAAAAUUACAAUGGGAGUUUCAGUUGCCAGUGCCAUCCUGGCUAUUAUGGAAAUGCUUCUGUUCCAAAUGGAUGCCAAGACAUAAACGAGUGUCUGGACCAGGAAGGCCACUCGUGCUACGGCAUCUGCUUAAACUUGCCUGGAACUUUCCAGUGCCAAUGUCCUAUUGGAACACAUGGAAAUGCUUCCAGAAAAUUGGGAUGUGUUGCAUACAAGAACUCAUCCGCAGUUUCAGGUUUAGGCAUCGGGCUAGGAGUCUCUGGUGGCACAAGUCUUUUGCUUCUAGCAUUUGGUAGUCCCUUCAUAAUUCGAAAAAUCAAGGAGAGGAAGGUGAAGAAGAUGAAAGAGAAAUAUUUCAGCCAAAAUCAUGGCUUACUAUUGCAGCAAUUGCUAACACAUAAGGCAGACAUUGGUGAAAGGAUGAUAAUUACUUUAGAAGAGCUAGAGAAGGCCACAAAUAAUUUUGAUAAAGCUCGUGUGGUUGGUGGUGGAGGGCAUGGCAUUGUAUUUAAAGGAAUUUUAGAUCUGCAUGUUGUGGCAAUUAAGAAGUCUAAGAUAGUGGUACAAAAAGAAAUCGAUGAAUUCAUAAGUGAAGUUGCAGUUCUUUCUCAAGUAAACCACAGAAAUGUGGUGAAGCUAUUAGGAUGCUGCCUUGAGACAGAAGUCCCAUUACUAGUUUAUGAGUUCAUUUCAAAUGGAACCCUUUAUCAUCAUCUUCAUGUUGAAGGACCUAUAUCACUACCAUGGGAUGAUCGGAUGAGGAUUGCGAUGGAAGUUGCCAGAGCACUAUCCUAUUUACAUUCAGCUACUUCAAUGCCAAUAUUUCAUAGAGAUAUUAAGUCUGCCAACAUACUACUUGAUGAAAGUUUAGUUGCAAAAGUAUCCGACUUUGGAGCUUCUCGAUAUAUACCAGUUGACAAAACAGGGAUCACUACAGCAGUUCAAGGAACAAUCGGUUACCUUGAUCCAGAAUACUAUUAUACUGGCCGACUAACAGAUAAGAGUGAUGUCUUCAGUUUUGGUGUACUUCUUGUAGAACUACUCACAAGAAAGAAACCAUUUGUCUAUCGGACCGAUGAUGGGGAUGGUCUUGUUUCACAUUUUAUCUCACUACUCACGGAAGGCAAACUGGUUGGCCUCAUAGACCCUCAAAUCAUGGAGGAUGAAGUUGCAGUAGUCUAUGAAGUAGCAAUACUAGCGGCAAUGUGUACUAAAUUGAGGAGAGAAGACCGACCUACAAUGAGAGAAGCUGAGAUGAGACUUGAAAACUUACUAGUUAAGAAGAAGCAGAUUCCAUGUACUACGGCACCAAGGGAAUAUAAUGAGCAUAAUACUCUGGUUCACUGCAUGUCAAUUGAAAGGGUUAACAAGGAAGCAAGCAGACAAUACACAAUGGAAGACGAAAUAGUUUUGUCAGCAAACUACCCUCGAUGAACUUAUGCGGUCAUGAACAAUGAUGAGCUUACAUGAUUUUGCUCUCAAUUGUUCUGAAAAUAUUUUGGCAAAUGCAUUUGUUAUAUUGCUGAUUUUUGUAUAGCUCAUUCCAUGAAUGCUCUACAGAAAGUAGUGAUGUGCUUAAUGUUUGCUAAUCGAACAUCACAUGGUAUUAUUUUUUUUCCCAGCCUGCUGUAAGCCUGGAAGGACCAAGGAGUAAAAAGCAGAAUGCUGUACGUUUCUGUAUUCUUGAGUUGAGACAAUGCAGCUGAAUGGUUUU